AAAACCUGAAGCAAUCUUUUUGAAGAAGAGGGAAAUGGCUUUGCGUAAGGCUAAGGAGAUCGUUUCAACCAAUCCCGUUGUCGUUUUCGGCUCGACGAACUGUCCCUUCUGCGUGGAGAUGAAGCAGUUGUUUAACCAAGUUGGAGCUUCUUACAAACUCAUUGAGCUCGACAAAGAAAGUGAUGGAGGUGAAAUUCUUGCAGUUCUGGCCGAGUGGACUGGCGUGUGGAUUCUGCCCAAAGUUUUCAUCGGUGGAAUAUACAUUGGUGGCAGUGACACUACAACGGUUAUGUAUGCGAAUGGGCAGCUGAUUCCGUUGCUAAUUGAAGCCGGAGCUUAUGGUAAAUCUUGAAAUUCUGGUAAACAAAUACCAACAUCGGU